GGGAUUUUCAGCAGCGACAACACAACAUAGACAGGGGGAAAACGCUAACAUUAUCCGAUUAUAUUUUCAUUUUUUCAUCUUAAUCUCGCCUCCUGUCAGACCAGCGAUGGACGGAUCUAUCAGAGCAUCUUCAGACGCUGCAGCCGGGCCGCCGCCUUACUUUAGAGGAAAUGAAAGCUCCCUGGUUUCAGCCCUCAAGACACUGCUGUUCUUCACUAUCCUGAUGGUCACGCUGCCCAUUGGACUCUACUUCGCAUCAAAAGCAUACAUCUUUGAGGGUUCGAUGAAGAUGUCAAGCUCUGACAGCUACUUCUAUGCAGCCAUUGUUGCUGUGCUCGCCGUGCAUGUGGUUUUGGCUUUGUUUGUUUACGUAGCCUGGAACGAAGGCACGCCUAAAGGGAAGGGCAAAGAUGAUUAGUGCAUGUCCUUAUCAGCUCGUAAGACCGCAGGAGGCGGACAGACUCGGGCACGGAUUCACAGCCCCCCCAACCAUGUGCUCCAGCACCAUCUACCACCCAGACUGUUAGGGGAUCUGGCUUGCGCUUAGGCUUUAACCCGAGGUUAAAGCAAGGAACUGUUGUAUUAUUCUGUGGCAUGGGGGAGUGGAGGCUGUUGGGUGUUUUUUUUCACCAGCCUCAGCAGGCCCACUUUUUGACUUUUUGUUCUCCGAAAAUGUUACUUUUGUUGACAGAAGACAGCCCCUAUUUUUAAGAGGCUUUAUUAUAAGCUGCCAUUUGCCAAAAUGCUCUUAGUCCCUUCACAGUAAAGAGUUUGUCAUGUAGGAAAACAUCUUGGGUUUUGGAUGCUGCAUGCGUACACGCACGCACACAUCCGCUGUAUGUUCUUGUAACGUGUGUGUGUGUAAAGAAUUUGCUCUACAUCCAUUCUGUGAGAGUCUGUGCUACUGAAUUGAUCAUUCUGUCCUCAAAUUUCAGUCCUUAUCUGCAUAAAUUUAAAUAGGCCUCUUAACUUCAGUCUAAACCCAUAAUGUGCUAAACUUUCAUCCUGUAUUUUGGAUCAGAUCUUUAUGAUGUCCCGAAAAUAAUCACAUUCAUCUCUUUGUCCUUGUAAGCAAGUGUUUGUCUUUCUGUGUCCGUCAACUUUGAAUUCGGAAAUUAUUGCAAGAUCACGAUGUAUUUAAAGGAAUGUUUUGUAUUGAAGAUGUUUGGUGAUUUGAGGAUGUAGAUGUACGUGAAGUCAGUGUGAUGCAGAUGAGAAAGUUGACUCAAAUAAACUUAAAAAAAAAGAAAAUUGUAAUUAUUUUAGCUGUUUCACAUAUUUCAAAGGCUUUGUGGUAUUUUGCAUUAAUUCAUCAAAACACAAUGCAGAUUUUUAUGUUUUCUAAGAUUGUGGGCAUUUUAGAUUGAGCAUGGACAAAAACCCUUGCACAAUUUGCUCCUGUUAAUAUUCCCUACAAGGAAGACGGAGCUAUAAUGAUACAGACAAAGUCAAAUAGAUGUUGUAAUCUUCAGGUUUCAUAUUUUCUAUGUUUUUUUAAACUUGUAAGUAUCAGUGGCAGUCUUAUCCUGAAAAGGUUUGAGGUGAAAUAUCCGGAGCUUGAGCGUGUGUGUAAAUCAUAUCAGCAGCUUA